UGUAUGGAAUCUGAAGACUUUUAUAGCAAAUCCUCCAGGGUCAAAAUGAAUACAGAUAGCGGUGGGUGCGCUCGCAAACGUGCUGCCAUGUCUGUCACAUUAACAGCCGUGAAGAGAGUUCAAAGUUCUCCAAACCUGCUGGCUUCAGGUUCUGAAUCUCAGUCUCCAGAUUCAGCUUGGAGGUCGUAUGAUGGAAGUAGAGAGACUCUGAAUGGAGACACUAGCAGUUCAUCUCUCACAGCAAAAGGUUUUAGGAGUGUACGGCCAAACCUACAGGAUAAAAGAUCACCAACUCAGGCACCUCUGCCUCCCCCUAGAAAAGAAAGUUUUCGGAGAGCAAGAAUAACUAAUCAUGAGGAGGACAGAAUUAAUCUCCAGGCAGUAACAACUGGGCCAACUAAACACCUCCCUGUAGAUACUGCCUGCUGUACUAACGAAGAGCCUGACCAGAAGACAAUGUCUUCUCAAAUAUCUAACACAAGUGUGUCCUAUAUGCAAAAAAUCACUAAACCACUGGUUCCAGUGUCCAGUGUGGGCACGAGCACAGUAGCUGGCAUUAGUGCUACUCUCUACCAAGGUCACAGACAACAGUCUCAAAAGCGUAGGGUAUCUGCUCUGAAAUUAACCCGGACACAAGACCCAACAAGUAGCAUUGACUGUAAUACACAGCAACAGCUUAAGCCUGUUGAAUUGCCAGUAUUUCCACAAAGGCCUGUUUCACCUGCCUGUCACCCUGUGCCUGAGAUACACACAGCAUCUCUUUCCGUUCAGAUAGCUCCCAUCCCUGACAAUAAAGCAGAGCCUGAAACCCAAGAACAUCCACCUAGUAUUUCUUCAGACACUUCAAAGAUGUCUUCAAAGGAUUUGGGACAAAAGUCUACAGUUCCACCUUCUGCACAGGCUGCAGAAUGCCAUGUGCUUGGAAACCAGAAAGUAACUGCCCCUGUGAUGGAGGUAAAUGCUUCACAGACACACAGACAAUCAGCAACAGAAGCUUCUCCACUGCCUCCUCCUCCUCCUGUGGUACCAGUUAACAGAGCCUCUUUCUCACCAGACAGUGGCACCCAUCUAGUACCAUAUUCUUUGCCAACGCUUGACGAUUUGUUGCCUUCACGCUUUUAUAAAACCCCGGCCCUUUCACAUUUCCCAUAUAAAUACCCCUUCCUAGCUUCCGAAGGUGUUACCCGCAGGAACGAUGCGGCCUCUGUGAGCGCAGACUGUGCCAUGAGCGAGUGCUCCUGCCGCACGGUGAGCGACUCCUCCACGGCCGUUCUAGACGAGCUGCAGACUUGCAGCUGUGACACCACUGACUGCUCUGAAACACCUUCCCCAACCUUGAGCCAGAUGUCCGCUGUGUCAGAUGGCACCGCCUUAACCAACACUGCUGCCACCUCUCAU